AUGUCGCUUGAUCAGCUGAAGCAGCGGAAAAGGGCAGCGUACAGCUGCGAUCGAUGCAAGCAACGGAAAAGAGCAUGCAAACGGUACGACGACCAAGGAAAGAGGUUGUUUGAUAACGUGGCGCCGUGUGAACAGUGCAAGAAGACCGGGUCGUUGUGCAAGACAACCAUUGUGCGCAAGAAGCGGACGUUCUUCUCCGUGAGCGAGAGCUCUUUGGUGCAGUUGAAAUGCUUGACCAAGAUCGUGAAGGCCAUGUUCCCCGAGUGCGAUCCCAACAAGUACGGGGAUAUUGAAAAUAUCGCCAAGGUGUUGUACGUGAAGCUGCCUAAGGAGGAGGAGGAGGAGGAGUCGUUGCUGCCGCACGUUCUGCACGACGACACGCUGACGUCGGGCUCCACGGCGGAGACGGCGUCUGUUCCCUCGACGGUGUCCCCCGCCACGGCAGAGGAGCACGGCUCGAUGGUGCAGAAGAUAGCAAGCCAGAUCGACGCCUUGAGGAGCCUCACGAACAGUGCGAACGGCACCAAUGGCAACAAGUACAUGGCUCUGGAGAAGGCAGCGAUGGCGUCAGCGGAGGGAGACGUGACAGUCAAAAAGGAGGUCAAGGACGAGACAGCAAAGGACGAAGCUGUGGAAAAGAAUAAGCCCGUGACACAGCUCAGUCAGCUCCUCAUAGGUCUUGGAGGCGCCGAGAGGUUGUUUACAGCGUUGCUGGAGGUGGAAAAACGCCACUCACACACAGAAGUUCCUCCCCUCGAUCACAACAACUCGCUCACCUCGAUCACCAGACAGCGGAACCACAUCACGUUCCACCCUUCGUACGUCAUUAAUGGUAAUGACAUUGAGAAGUUCCUAUUUCUAGACGACAUUCCGAGGCACGAGUGUGAGUUCUACACCAACAUCUUCUUCAGGCGCAUUCACGAGCGAUACUUUCUUUUCCGUGAAAACCACUUCCGGAGUAGACAAAGCGAGUUCUUCAAGCUCUUGGAUUCGAAGAACGCCGACAUCACCAAAUCGAAUUUCACCAACGAGGAGAUCUGUGUCAUCUACCUAGUAUGGAUUCUUGGCCGCAAGAGUUUCCUGUUACAGCCACAAAGCGAGACCGAGAUUGCCGCAGAGGACCUUGUUUCAGAUUAUGUCAUAGACGACUACUUGAAUGCUAUACAUCUAUGUUUGUCUGGCUGUUUCUUCUCAAAUGACCUCAAUACGAUCAGAAUGCUCUACUUGACAAGCUUGUUUCACUCAACCAUUAAAAAUAGAAACGUGGCUUGGCAUUUGAUGGCCAACAGUUGCAUCAAGUGUGUCGGGCUAGGCUUCCACCGACAGUUCCCCGUUUCGAAGCUGUCCAAGGUAGAGCAGGAAGACACAAAGAUAGUGUGGUGGUCUUGCUUCCGUUUGCACAUGAACAACUGUGCCAUUCUGGGCCGUUUACCCAACAUUUCACUUUAUGAAGUUGACCUAGAGCCUCCCAAGUUGGACUUUAUUGACGACGAAUUGUUCAAGUGCUCCUAUUGGGACGGUAUCAAACUAUUCAAAAUCAUGUUUGCCAUUCUCAAAAACAGGGAAUAUCUUAUCAAAAGUAAAAAUCCUUGGUGUUCACAAAAUUUUAUUGAAGUGUUACAGAUUAACAAAGACUUGACAAACUGGAAGGAGAGUCUAAGCCCUGAGGUAAAGGAUUUCGUGGCUCCAAACGGUAGACGUUGUAUUAUAAAACUACACAUGCAAUAUUAUCAUUGUGUCUUGUCUUUAACGGUGCCAUAUCUAAUAGCUUACUCACUAAGGCCCAAGAAAUCAAGUGAUUCGAACGAAGAGAUUAUAAAGUUCUUGUCCAUGGGAAUCAAGUCCUCGAUGGAUCUUGUCGAGUUGAUCAAAGCCUCCUCAUGUGGUGUUGAUUUCAACGGAUUAUUGUACUAUGACCUCUUUUAUGCUUACAAUGCAUUGAUGUUACUAUUGCUUGGCUUCACCUUGAUCAAACAUGGUGUAAAGGACAAGGAAAGCGAACAGUACAAUGUUUUAGUCGACAUCCUUUACCGAGAAUACAGUGUUGACAUUCAAUCGAUAUUGAGCACAAUAAAUGAAAUCAAAGAUAUCAACACGCGUUAUGGUUCAACAGCAACAAGUGUUAUGAAAGAUGCAAGUAAUAAUAUCACGCUACUUCUAAAGUAUUUUAAAAUUACAAAUGAUGGUACUUCUGAAGGUAACACAUCUCAACCUGCCAAUCCAUUCAGCUUAUCUUCUGGACAGGUACCCGUCUCCGAUAACAUACCUAUUAUACCCCAAGAUCAAUCAACUAUGUACAUGGGUGACACCAACAACAUACAUUUGAGUCCAUCGUCUCCGUUUGACAGUUUUGUCAAUGCAGAUAACGAGUUUUUUGAGAUAAUACAAAGCAUUAACACUGAAAUCCAACCUAAACCGCUUGGACUAAAUGACAAAAUCUUUUGGGAUUGGAACAAAAUGUUUUCCAUGGACGAAUAG